GGGCGAUUUCCUUUGACUUUGACUAAGUAGAAGAAGCUUUUGUUGACCACAAGAUCCGAGACCCAACAACUAGGUCAAAGCCCGUCUCUGUCGGGUACGGGCCUAGAGGCCCAUUACAUGGCUGCACUGUGCAUACAUAACCAAGUGCACCGAUUACCUCUUCAGAUUCAUCGGCUGAAAUCUAACCCUAAGAAGCUCAUGAUGAUGAUGAUGACGAUUUCAAGGUAUUUUUCCAACAGCAUUCUCAUCAAUCCAGUAAGAAUUAUCUCUGCAGCCAUUGCAAUUCCUCAAUAGUCUCUGUUUCCAUGCCUUUCUUCCUGUCUACCUAGAUUUAUAAACUCCGAACUAGGCUUUCAAUCUUUUUAUUAUGGAAUAAGAAGUUCACACUUUGUUUGAAUAUGUUUGUUACACUAACUAUUAAGAAUCCAGCAUGUUUGUUACUGGGCGGAUCGUCCACCACAUCUUCUUGCUUAGGCUGUUCUAUAACCAUUUAAGCUUUAUCUCCUCAGGAAAUUUGUUGCUUAGGUUGUUCUAUCACCUUCUCAUUACUAUGUGUAGAAGUGUAAUUAAGAAAACUGAAAACAUAUUUAAUUGUCCCAAUUAAGCAUGCUAAACUUUAUUUCAGUUUUAUAUAGGAAUAGACUAGAGAGAUUUACUCAUUAUGACACAUGCAGUUCUAGAUCCCAGCCUUUCUUUAAAUGUUUAUCAAAUUUAAUUGUUGAGCUUCCUCUGACUACCUGGUUGUGUUUUUAUCUACGGGACGUCUAUUAGUUUUCAUUUUGUAUUGCACAUUAAGGAUAUAUUUAGAAAAAAUGUGAUUGUUCAGCUUUAGCCUAAUUACUCACUUGUGUGUUGGUCCGUUUAUUAUUUUUUGAUGUUCUUACUAUGAAAUUUGUUAUUUGUAUGGGCAAUGUAUGCAUUUCUAAAACUUUGUAGGGUCCUUCCUUAUUAAGGAUGACGCGCCUUCAAGUUUUUGCAUUUAAAGACUUGCCAUCUUGACAAAUUUGCAGUAAGAUUUUUAGCACUCACCGGUUGGUCUAAUAAUUCAUAAAAGAUAAGAGUGUGUUUGGUAGAACUCUUUUGAUACAAACUAUGAUCUUCAUUAGGUAGGUAUCUUUUACGAAU